UGGGGCUGCCGGGAGCUGAGCGCUCAGUUCUCGUUCGCCUGGGCUGUGCUUCUCCGUGCGGCCGGGCUCACCUCCGCGGGGCAUGUCUGCGCUGCUCUCGCCGCGCGCCCGGGGCUGCUAGCUUCUCCGGCGCUUUCUGCCCGCGUGGCCCCGCACCUGGCCGCGACCCCGGAGCCCGGCUCGGGCAGUGCGCGCGGCGAGCUCUGCGCGCGGACCGCCGCCGUCAUGGGGCUGCAGCCCCUGGAGUUCAGCGACUGCUACCUCGACAGCCCGUGGUUUCGGGAGAGGAUCCGCGCCCACGAAGCGGAGCUGGAGAGGACCAACAAGUUCAUCAAAGAGCUCAUAAAGGACGGGAAGAACCUCAUCGCGGCGACCAAAAGUCUUUCGGCAGCCCAGCGGAAGUUUGCUCAUUCACUCCGAGACUUUAAAUUUGAAUUUAUCGGUGACGCGGAGACUGACGAUGAACGCUGCAUAGAUGCUUCCUUACGCGAAUUUUCUAAUUUUUUGAAGAAUCUGGAAGAGCAGAGAGAAAUUAUGGCAUUAAGUGUAACCGAAACCCUGAUUAAACCCUUGGAGAAAUUCAGAAAAGAGCAACUUGGAGCCGUCAAGGAAGAAAAAAAGAAGUUUGACAAAGAGACAGAAAAGAACUAUAGCCUGAUUGAUAAACAUUUGAAUUUAUCAGCGAAAAAGAAAGACUCACAUUUACAAGAGGCAGAUAUCCAAGUGGAACAAAACCGGCAACACUUUUACGAACUGUCUCUUGAAUACGUAUGCAAGCUUCAGGAAAUCCAAGAAAGGAAGAAGUUUGAGUUUGUGGAACCCAUGCUGUCAUUUUUUCAGGGAAUGUUUACUUUCUAUCAUCAGGGCCAUGAACUUGCCAAAGACUUUAAUCACUACAAAAUGGAACUGCAGAUCAACAUUCAGAAUACACGGAAUCGUUUUGAAGGAACAAGAUCAGAAGUGGAAGAACUUAUGAACAAAAUUAGACAGAAUCCCAGGGACCACAAACGGGCAAGUCAGUUCACUGCAGAAGGCUACCUGUAUGUACAGGAAAAAAGGCCGCCCCCCUUCGGUUCCAGCUGGGUCAAGCACUACUGCAUGUAUCGGAAAGCAGCCAAGAAGUUCAACAUCAUCCCGUUCGAGCACAGGUCUGGGGGGAAGCUUGGGGAUGGAGAGGUGUUCUUUCUGAAAGAAUGUACCAAAAGGCAUACUGACUCCAUUGACAGAAGGUUUUGUUUCGAUGUAGAAGCUGCUGACCGGCCCGGUGUUUCCUUGACCAUGCAGGCGUUCUCCGAGGAGGAACGGAAGCAGUGGUUGGAAGCUCUGGGUGGAAAAGAAGCUGUGUUCUAUAGUUUUAAUAGAGCCAUCAUCCCAAGACCAGAAGGAAGUGCACAGUUGGAUAAAAUGGGAUUCACAAUUCUUAGAAAAUGCAUCAGUGCAGUUGAAGCACGAGGUAUAAACGACCAAGGAUUGUACAGAGUUGUGGGGGUGAGUUCAAAGGUCCAGAAGCUUCUGAGCUUGUUGAUGGAUGUGAAGACCUGCAAUGAGGUGGACCUGGAGAAUUCUGUAGAUUGGGAAGUGAAGACAAUCACCAGUGCCCUGAAGCAGUAUUUGAGGAGUCUUCCUGAGCCGCUUAUGACCUAUGAGUUACAUGGUGAUUUCAUUGUUCCAGCCAAAAGCGGCAGCCCAGAAUCGCGUGUUAACGCUAUCCAUUUCUUGGUACACAAACUGCCGGAGAAAAAUAAAGAAAUGCUGGAUAUUUUGGUGAAACACUUAACUAAUGUUUCCAAUCACUCCAAGCACAACCUCAUGACCGUGGCAAAUUUAGGAGUGGUGUUUGGACCAACUCUGAUGAGGCCACAGGAAGAAACUGUUGCAGCCAUCAUGGAUUUGAAAUUUCAGAAUAUUGUCGUGGAAAUUUUAAUUGAAAACCAUGAAAAGAUUUUUCGGACCCUGCCUGAUGCCACGUUCCCUGAGCCAGUCUCCCUGUCAGUGUCGCCCCCAAAUGCUCCACCAAGGCAAUCGAAGAGACAAGGCCAGAGGACUAAGCGACCUGUGGCCGUGUAUAAUCUUUGUCUUGAGCUGGAAGAGGGUGACAACCCCAGUCUUCUCAAGGAGGACACCCCUCCCAGCAGCCUGGACUCACUUUCCUCCCCGUCUCCCACGAUGGCCGCUGCCUACGGGCCUCCCGGACCAGACAGAAAUCACCUUCUGGCAGAUGGGGGCAGCUUUGGGGACUGGGUGUCCACUGUCCCGAGCCAGACACGAUCAUCCACGGUGCAGUGGCUUAACCCCCAGUCUCCAGCCACCCCGAGCUGCACCCCGGCUGUUACACCGCCUUCACCCAAGCCUUCGCCUUUCCCUCCCUCACUUCCUGCUACCAUAGCGGACAAGCCACCUGACAGCGUCAUCCAUCGGAAGGCUCGGGCGGUGUAUCCGUGUGAAGCAGAACACAGCUCGGAAUUAUCUUUUGAAAUCGGAGCGAUUUUCGAGGAUGUGCAAACGUCAAGGGAACCUGGCUGGCUGGAAGGGACUUUGAAUGGCAAGAGGGGGCUGAUUCCACAGAACUACGUCAAGCUGCUGUAGCGCUGGGCCCGUGGGGGCCCCCCGCGCAGACCCUGGCCCCCAAGGACCUGCCUGGGGGCAACGAGCUGCCAUCUUCCUCCCGGGCGGAACCCACAGCCACCUGGACACGCAGGAAUGACAGAUCACAGAUUGCCACUCCAGGGUCAGGGGGUGGGGGACACACUGCUCGAGGUGGGAGGAGGGAGAUGCCCUGCACAGAAUCUUGCAGGUCUGUGUGGCGGAGAAGAGUGUCAGGAUUAACAGGACGGACUUUUCAUUUGUCAAGCCUUGGGACUUGUGGUUUUUAAUUACCCGGUUUGGAGAGUGAGAGAGGGAGGACAGCCUUCUGCCGGCCCACCUCUCCCACUGGCGGCUGCACCCCCAGACACCUCCCCACGCACCUGCCGCCAGAUGGGAAAGAGAGCUGUGCUGGCUGGAUGCGCUCGCGCUCAGCUCUGGAGGCUGCUGCUGGCGGGUGGGCGACGCAUUGGUCUAAACCCAGACACUCCUCCCCGGAUGGCUGCUCUGGGGACCCCGUGCUCACUGAACUUCAGGCACCGGCGGAUUCACAGCACGCUUCUCCGUGCUGCUCACCUGUGUGCUUCCAGACACCCCCUUUCUGCCCCAAGUUGUCUGUACAUGAAAUAAAACAGAAUUCACUCUUGGAUCUGUGUCCUACCGCGGGGAAGAGGUUGUGGACUCCCUCCCUGUACCAUGUCAUGGUUUGGCAGCCCCCCGAUGGAAGCUCACUUUCCCCUGAGGUUGGGCCAUGCUCACAGGUAGAACCGAUGAAUGAGGAGCCUUGCUUACUCAGAGCAGGGUGUGUUUCUGGAGUCAGCAGCCUCUCUGAUGCGUGAGAUCCCGGCAGACACCCCUCUAGCCGCCUGGACAGACCUUUCCCCGUGACCUGCGUGAGUCCUGACCAGGAUGGGGCCGUGGCGCUGCCCCCUAGGGGUUUGGGUGUGUGCUGUGGAGGCCAGCCCUCCCUGCCAGCCUCAGUGUGUCACUGUGUCCUCACCCCACCCUCACUCCCUCUGUUUUCCAGGCCUCAGCGCUAAUCUCUCCAUCCAGAUUGAGCCGGGCUGCAGGGAGCAGGUCAGGCAUUUGGACUCUUCCUGGAGGACCCCCUGCCAUGCCUGGGCCCCGCCCUGAUGCUUCUUCCUCUGUCUUCCAGCCUCCGAGUCACAGGCAUAGUCGCAGCCUCUCCUGGAAGUGGAGGACUUCUCUGUCCCCAGUCUGGAGUCCCUGCAACGUGGAGCUUGUUUUUAGGGGCCUCAGGAUUCUGAAGCCGGGUCUGCUCUGGGGGUCUGGCACGUCUCUCUUCCCUAUGGGAGGCUCCUCGGCCCAUCAGAGUUCUCCCCUAAGAUUAUCACAAAGGAUGUGUCUGUCUCCUCUUCCCCAGGUGAGCUGAUUCAAGAGCGCUGGUAAUCAGGUUGGAAGCCGCCUCCCCUGGACCAUGUAAGGUGUCAAGUUUGGGGUCAGGUGUGCACAGGGGAAUAGGCCUGUUGAAAAGUAUCCAUGUUCUACAUAAAGGUAAGGACAGUCUCCAUGCAGUGUAAUUAAAAUACUGAACUGGGGGCCCGGUGGAGAGCACUGGGACAGCUGAGGAGCCCAGGGCCUCAGGACAGUGACCAGCCCUGAGCUGAGGGCUGGACCCGGCUAGGCGGUGGGGGUGUGGCAGAAUCCCGAGUGUCCUCUGAGUUAUACUUCCAGCCCUUGCCCGCUGCUUAGGGACGUAGAGGGGAGACUUGGCCGGUGAGAAACUUGGCUUGUGACAAACUUUCCCGUUUCUCUGGGAAAAUGCAAGCCUGUGGGCAGUUACAGGGAGUGGGGCCAGGUGAGCGCUGGGAGUGAGUCCAGGCAGUGUUCUGAACUGGUGUGUAUCCAUAGGGCAGUAGAAAUAAGACCCCCCAUACUGGGACUUGAUUCCUUUACCUGCCUGAGGAAGAUUCCGUCAUUCACAGGUGCCCCCAACCUGCUGUUGCCCCCAAACUGUUCUCUACUGCCAAAGUGUGUUUGUUACCACUCACGUGGUCAUGGAGGUUUCUGCUAAGUCUGGCUACUCGUGCGGUUUUGGACAAAUUAAGUUGACUAUGAUUCUGUCACUGCCUCCUAAGAAGAUAACAGUACUUGGAGGUUUGGGGCCAAAGUGACUGAAUGUAAGUAGUGUGCCCUGUACUUAGUACGUGCUCAGUUAGUGGGCAGUGCUGUUCCCUGUACUGUUCCUACUGUGGUUCACCUGUAUUUUUGUCAUCAGGGACAUCUGGGUGCUAUAGGAUGACAGUGGGGUGGGAAUGAAGCCUCAGACAGGUGAGGGAAGGGUGUCUUCCUCUGCCUAUAGGACCCGUGUGGCUGGGCCGGCCAAGGCCCCUGGCCGGGGGGCUUCCCUUUGGUCCAGGCCCAGAGGCUGCUUCGUGAUGGGGUCAGGAGCUGUUCUCUUCCACUGGCAGAACUUCAUUUCUCCAGUGCGAUCUAGCGGAGCAGCCUGAAAGGACUGUGAGUUGCAUUGCGGCUGUUGGGCGAUUGAGUCUCUUGAUAACCCAAGAGGACCUGGAACAAGACUCCACUGCAUGCAGGAAGAUCUGGGAAUGAGACGCGACAUCUGGUCUACUCAGGUGAGUCUCAAAGUCUGUAAAACGAACAAGUGUCCACAUGGUUGGAAAGAUAAAUGAGUCCAUGUACAUGCAGUGUUUAGCAGGGACAUGGGAAGCAAUCACUGUUACAAAAUUGUUACAGGGUAUUUCAGGGAGCCAAGUAUCAGCAGUAAGAAACACGACAUCUAGCCAGUCCCCAAAGGGGAUGAUUAAUAUGUGGCUAACACAGGGCUUUCUAACAUGGGGGAAAAAUGGUGACUCCAUCUUGGGUAUAGGCAGACAGGCAUAUAAUCAGGAUUUUAGAAGGGCACAAAAUCCACAUGUUCCUACAGACGUGCAAAUGAACUGUUUCCAAAACAACAGGUGAUUAAAGUAAAGGAUUUAUUGUAAUCUGCUUACAGUCCUUUGCAAAGACAGACAUAUGUUUUUGCAUAAAGAUAUAAAUUGCUUCAUUUUAAACUAAUUUAGUGUGUUUUUUUUUUAAUUAUAUGAAGAAGUUUUGGUGAAUUAUGAAUUGUACCAAACCAAGAUUUUUUAAGAGCAAUAUGGUACAAAAAUAAGAGCAGACAGACAAUUUGGACUGGGACAGGCAUUCAACAGUGAAUUUAGAAUAUGGCUUUGCUGUUUGACCAAGCAAAGUUACCCGGAGACACACAAAGAGCCAGUAACUUUGUUAAUAGAAAAAGCUGAUGCAGACCGUCUCUAUCCCAAAUCUGGUUAGGUUGCAAUUCUGAUUUCGUAAAAAGUCAGUCUGAGCUACAAGCUGCUCUGGUUAAGCCAUUUCUUUUCUAGAAACUCCCAGUCUGCAUGCUGUGUAUUCAUCACCUUCCGAGUGUGACUUUCAUAUUGCUGUGCAUGUAAGUUGACGGUAUUUAAAGAUCUGCUUAUAAAUUAAAUUCCUGAAAUUGCAAAUUAGGUAAGAAAAACUCCUCCGUCUGAGUGCAGCUCUCACAGGUUCCCCCGUGCGUAAGGCAGGUGUCUUCCAAAAGACAAGGUAAUGUUGCCCGCAUGGUGAACCCUGGGAAAAAGUGUUGACCCUAACGCUGCCUUCUCCCGGCCCUGGGCUUCUUCUGCUACAACUUUUAGGUUUUGGAAAAUAAUACAGUUUUCACUGAGUACCUGAUGAUUAUCAUCAUUUUUAAAAGAUUAAUUUGGCCUCUAUUCAAAGUAGUUUAGUGCAAUCAUACUAAGUUUCCCCAAAGAUAUAUAUGUUUGUGAUUUGGGGUAAGAGAAAAGCCAUAAAUUGCAUCAGUGCCAAACAGAUUAGUGAAUUAAAAAUUUUUAGUGCCACUGUCUUGCUUCUAUGAUCUGUAGUUUUUUUUUCCCCCCCGAAACUGUUUAUGUAUAAAAUUGAUUUUUAAAACCUACCUUUUAAAAAUCUAAAAACCCUAUAGUGAUCAUGCGGUCUCCACGCUGUCUCAACUGAACUGUGCCAGAAAGCAUCUUCUCAGUGUGUCCUGCUGUGACCUACGUGUUCCCAUGACCAGUUCCCCGAGUGCAAAGCCCCCUUCCCAGACCGGAAGUGAACAUUUCACCUUCUGCAGGCAUAGAGAGUGUGUGGAAUUUUUUUUUUCCCCCAAAGGAGAAAACAUGAUUUUUUCUGAAGUGGGACGAGGAGAUGCACUCUGAGCCAUCGCGUCUCCAGUCUCACUCUCCUGGAGUGGAUUCUGCUUCUGGAGGAAAAAAGGAAAAGAGACAGCUUUUCCAAAGCUGGCACUCCCAGGACAUCCUCUCAUGGGUGUGCUGGCAAAUGACGCCUUCAGGGAGCUGCAGGUGCCACCAUGCGCCGUCCCCGAUGGAAGGAGGAUGGAGCAGAAGCCGGAAAACGUGCUCGAGUCCCACAAACACCCCACGCGGGAGACCAAGGACAACAAAGGUGUGGAAUAACAUGGGGAAACUUAAGGCAAAGUUCUUUUGGUGGGACGUCUCCCGUCACUUCCUGUGAAAGUAGAGGGUCUUGGCGUUCCCGGACUCUACCUUUGGCAGCUGGUCGCUGAUGAUCUCCACCAGCAUUGCUGGGAACUCCACUUUCAGGGCCUGGGACUCCCGGAAGGUAUAGAAGCAAAAUUCCAACAAGUCACUCACCAGCUGCAACACAGACAGAGGGGAUGUGACAUCGAGACCCGAUCCCUACCCUGUCCCCAGGCCCCUCCGUGUCCCAACUCUGGUGCAAGCUCAGAGCAACACUCGGAAAUCCGAUCAUGUCUACAAGGCUGCCAAGCGAGCCACUUUGAAAGCAUGAAAACAUCAAGGAGCACUUUUAUGUCUUCUCACCGAUCCAGCCAUUUCUCCAACUCUGUGACCCAAGGACCUGUCCAUCCUCCUGGACCUGAGCCACUCCCAAUUUGGUAAGUUAAAAAAACAAAAAACCACCACCCACAAAUGCAGUAUAGCAUUACUCAUUUCUCUUCUAAUUACUAGGAAUACAAUUUCAAGUUGGAAAGUAUAUAUUCUCAUUUUUCUUCAGUUAAUUCCAUAUCCUAUUAUGGGAAAAAAAAUGACUUUGGGUCAUUUCCCACUGUGUUAAAGCAGACAAUAUUAAUACUACAUGUCAUAAAGUAACUCUGUAGUCUUAAAGAGAUUCUGGUGAAUAGACAUCUGUAACUUUCCCUCAGGAAUUUUUUAAACUCAAUUAGCAGGCUUAAUUUGAGUUGGUUAAUAAAUAACUGCUAAAGGCCUUCACUACAAACCAGGAAUCAAGAAACAGUCAGUGGGAGAAACAUCUCAUGCUUCUGUCUGUGCCUGAACACGCCCUCGGUCUGCAGACUGCUCUCUCCCUCCGUCGGUUCCAAGGACUGGCUGCUCUGUGCCCAUGGGAAGCUGGGAACUAGCACGAGCCACUGGGUCUGCUCUGGGCUUGUUCACACACACACGUGCUUGCUUAGCAAAUGACGUACCUCAGUUUCCACACCUGUGCAAGGGGGGGGGGUAAUACUAGUGCCUGCUGCACAGGGUUGCUGGAGGCGGAGUCAGGGGGCUGGCGUGGAGGAUGUGCUGAGCGUAUGUCAGCUCUUAGUCACGGUGUUGAGAGGCACUGCAGGAGCAAAACCUGCUCUGGGUCAUUGUGUAACUUGGUCCUCAGGCCUCCCUUCUAGAAAAGGCGAGAUGGGAGCACUUUGUGUUUGGCCUUUCCAGGAAGGAGACUGUGGAAACAGAACUGGGAGGGUAAGUUUCUUCACUUCCCCAGUGAUGGGCCAGUGGCUGUGGGAGCUAAAAGCCAAGCCAGAUCCUGGGCUCUAGCCGGGCUGCCACAAACGAGCCUCACGGGGCAGAGGGCCAGGGCCGAGGGUGUGAAGGACACAGUGUAAGUUCACCCUGGUCUCUGCUCCUGCUGCAGCCCCUGAGGUCUCUCCGUGUGGGCACCUGUGGGUCUGUUUUUCACUUUGAAAUUUUAACCUGAGGUUAGACAUCCGAGUUUCUAGGCCAGAUCAGUCCCUGAGUAGGACAGCCCGGCAGCCCCACCCUUCCCAGCUCUGGGGCUGGGGCUGGCCCUCGUCCAGAGACCAGAGCUCCCGGUGCUCAGAGCGUUUGGGGUGGAGGCCGAGGUCCUACCCACGACUCACCCUCCUCGUCCAUCCAUCCCAGUGACCAAGCACCUGCUCUGGGUCAGGCACUGGGAAGGGGAGGAGGAAGGUGGUCGGAGUGGAAAGGUGGCCUUGGCACAUGGCCUGAAAGGGUGGAGGUGGGUCACUCAGUGUGCUCAGAGCAGCGGGGGCUCGUGAGGCACUGCCUGUUGGCUGACAACCUGAUUUCCCUGAUAACCGACACACGUUACCUGGACGGCCAGGGCUGCGUAAGGGCUUGUGUGUAAACAGGUGACAGCACUGCUGAUUCUGACGUGUGAUAGGAGAUACGGAGCGGAGUGAAUCAGCUCUUGAACCUGAGGCAGCUUGCAGGGAGCACCCUGGUGGGGGACAGGUCCCCUGCCCCUGUAUUUAACACCCACGUGAGCAUCACCUAGCAGGUGCUGGGGAAACAGACCAGAGAGAGGCUGGGGCUGGGCACUCCUCACGGACCCUGCACAUUAACCUGGGGCUGGCGUUUCCUACACCCAGGGCUUCUGUUCAGAGCAGAUGCCUUGACCAGCUGCAGAGGGAUGGGGGCUCUCCUGGGGCACGUGGGGUCAGGCUGGCAGCCAGGGCUGGGCCUUUGACCCUGUGAACACCUGGAGGGGGGAACCCUGUCACCACAACCACCCCAGGAAAGGACUCAUGCCUAACUCUUGGGGUGGCCAAGAUGCCCAGGGGGCCCCAACAGCCUGGCCCACCUGCCCUUAGAAGGCUAAAAACCUCUAAAGACCCCAACCCAGCAAGGCCUGAGCCAGUGGCUGCAGUUGGUGAGGUCAGGGAUCAUCUGAGAAUCAAAGCCGGGUGGCCCCAGUCUCUGGGCAACGAGGACAAGGGCCACCCCCCACAGCCAGUGCACCAGGACCCAUGGAUCCCUGAGAGAUGUCUGAGGUGGGUUGUUGCUGCGGGAAAGGGCACCAUCCCUACUGGAAAAAGCAGGGUGCAAAGAGGGCGGGGCUGCAGGUGGUCAGAGCACGAAGCAGUAGAGACUAGGCCCCCGGGGAGUCAUAUGUGGAACUGGGUCAGCAGGGAUGCUGAGCCAAAUGGGUGUGUCGCUGUGAAGUGUCUAACGGCCACACACAUGCAUGGGGGUCUCCUGUUGCAAGGCAGGUGGGGCCUCUGCCUGAGCCCAGAGGAGCCAGAAGACACAAGGACAGCCCGGUGUGAUGCACGUGCCGUCACCUGCUUUUCAAAUGAUGAUGCAUCUGCUGGGACCACAGAACUUCUGCUGGACGCUCAGCAUAACUUCUCCAGCCUGACGUCAGGGUCACAGUGCAACUGGGGACACUGCAGCUCUUGGGCACUGUCAGUACCUCUUCCCCCCCUCUCUCCACAGAGCCAUCUCCAAGGGCUGGCCAGGAGCUGUGCCCUGCCCCCACCACAAGCUACGGUCUCUUUGGGUGCCAUGCAGGGAGGGUUUGGCACUGCUGUUCUAAGGUCACACCAUCCGUGAGCAGUGACGGAACGCCUGAAUGACAAUAGCCUCUCUGAAGCAGGGUCGGUGUGGUUUUGACAGCCUACUUGUGUCUCUUAAGUAAGUUUGCUGCCAACUCCACAACUUUCUCCAAGUUAGGAUCAAACUUUUGCCUGAAAUCAGCACUGGGGGAAGGUUUGAAGCUUUAUUUUCAAAGAUCAGAAUUUUAGCCAGCUAUAUUCAUAGGGUUAGGGACAAACAAUACUUAGCUUCAACUCUAAAUACCGUGCCAACAAGCAUUUACCCCAGGUGUUCCCGCGACAGCCUCGUGAACACUGGAAGAUGACACGCAGUGAUUACGUAAGGACCCUGGCCUUCAGCCAGAAGCCCCAGCCUCUCCCCAGCGCACGCGAGGGCGGGGCAGGCUGGCGUGUGCACAGGCGGCGGCCCCUGCAUGGCUGCUGGUGUCUCAGCAAAAUGUGAUGGUAACGUGGUCAGAGGUAACAAAGGACCCCCUCCCUCCCCGGGCAAUUUAGCAGCAUUUGUUUCAAUAGCCAGAAGACAAGGUUAGACCACUACUUAGGGAUUCCCUCUAAAAACCCAAACCCUGCAGUGUGGCUUCUCCGCUGAGCUCUCCUAAAGGCUGAGUUUAGGAGAGUUCGGAAGGCCUACACACAACUGAGAGAAAGAAAGAGACCAUCAUGCAGUAAUGUUAGCAUCGUGGCAGCAUAAGACGGGUCCUCCUUUUUGACCCCCCCUUUUAACAAAGAAUUAGUCACUCAUCAGUGAACAAAAGCACGGUUGUGGGGCUCUGGGAUCCAUCACCACCUACAAAGGGCCCCGGGAGGAGUCUUGCCCGCUUGUGCCUCUGGUGCUAGGCAGGGGGACCCUGCCAUGGGCUGUGGAACUGGCAGAGCAGUGAACUUGCCCCAGCCCAUCCUGCCAUGGUCGGGAAAAUACCUGGAGGCUGCUGACCUGGGCAGAUACCCACUGACGAGAGAAACUGCAGAAAGCCAGCAUACCAUUGGAGCAAUAAAAACAAAUGGAAAUGGAAAAAACUUUACCAGCACUGCCCCAGCCCUUGUGAGGCAACGCUGCAGGAGUCCAAAUUAUCAGGUAUUGUAAUAGAAAAGAACAGAUCUGACUCCAUAUUAGAUCUGUUCCUUUGGCUUUAACCCUGCGCCCUGUUUCCUAGGCUUGGUCUGGCUAGCUCUACACUCACGUAAAGAUAACAGGUUGCAGAAUAGAGAAUAACUUCUGUCUUGUUGGAGGUUUUGCAGGAGCAUCAUGACCUGGCCCACGUGGACGGCUGCAGGAACAAAAAAAUUCCUACACCAAGAAGUUUGCCACCAACCACACCCCCUUCCCCUGUUUGUUUGAAUAAAAGGAGCCUGCAUUCUGACUAGAGCAGGAUGGUUCUCCAAGACGUUAGUCUUCCACCCUCUCGGUCUGCCGGCUUUCCAAAUAAAGUCGCUAUUCCUUGCCCCGA